AUGGGUCGUAAAAAAAGUAAACGAAAAUCACAAAAAACUACAAGACGACAACAAGUAUUACCGACAAUUUUUGAAUGUCCAUUUUGCAAUCAUGAAUAUUCGUGUAAUGUAAAAUUUGAUCGAAGGAAGCGACGCGCACAAAUUUUAUGUCGAAUUUGUUUCGAAAUGUAUGAAAUGGAUGUUCAUCAUUUAAGUGAACCAAUCGAUGUGUACAAUGCAUGGAUUAAUGCCUGUGAAGAAACCAAUAAAAAUCAAUUAAUAGUAUCAUGA